AUGACAACAAAUCUGGCCACUCCUGCACGCCCUGCGAAAACAUUCGUGUGUCAUCGCUGUGGCCGUGGAUUUGCCCGCCUGGAGCAUCUCCAACGCCACGAGAGAUCGCAAAAGUUUUACCCGAAAGUAUGCCGCUCCAACCCAGCGAAGCUAAUCCGUCGUUUAUUUGUCGUCUGGCUGACUUUUGCGAGCAAGAGAUUUGCUGACCCGCCAUAUACGCUUGUCGCACGAGUCCCCUCUACAGAGUCGCUCUGGGCAGAAUGUAUCGUCGAACACGGAAACGCUCUUGCCAACACCAUUGCCUCUGGUGGACUGGCCCGAGUACCAAGCUGGGUUCACCUGUCGGCGCGCUUCUUCACCCAUCCAAAUGUUGAGAGCCCAAGCCAGUCCAAAGAGUCAUUUUCCGGACCGGUCCCGGAUUACACGAUGAAUCUGGGCUUGCAGGACGGCGGCUUCGACGCGCUCGAGCCAGCCUAUACACAAGACUUUGCUACUUUCAUGGACAGCGUGCCCAACUUCACUCACCCAUUCUCUCCGAGCUAUCAGCCGUUGCCGGUCUUCUUUUCCAACCUAGACUUACCCUUGGCUGGUGUUUUCGAAAAUACCAACGAUCCUAGAGACGGCAACAUCUCCCGCGAUGAAUCAACAGUAACGACAACCAUCCAUGCCACAUCCACGUCACUCUCCAAUAUCCGUGCAAAUGACUCGUCCAUCUCUCGGUUUGGCUCUCGGCUCCCAUCCCUCGCUCCCGAGGAAAAGCCUCCGCCCAAUGGUCCCCACCCACAGGGGCCCACGAGGCUCAAUAGUCGAGAUUUAUUCAUCUCGGCCGACUGUCGACAGCAUAUCAUCGAUGAGCUGGCGACAUUUUCUGGUUGUAUAGAUGGCGACUUUGUUCUCCCGUCUCGCCAUGCGUUGUCACGAUUGAUAGGUGGGUACUUCAAGAACUUCCAUGCUCAUUAUCCCUUUUUCCACAUUGCCACUCUGCGAAUGGACGCCAUCCAUGUUGAGUUGCUCUUGGCCAUUGCGGCUCUUGGAGCCCGCUACACCAGAGAGCCAGAGAUGGGCAUUGAGCUGUUUCGUGUUGCACGAGCCAUCGUCUUGGAGCGCCUCCGCCGACGCCAGAGACGAAAAGCAAACAUGGGAUUGGACCAAAGAUUGCACUAUACGCCCAUAAUGAUUCCUGACCCAAGCUGCAGCGGAGACGAAAGAUUCUGUGUGGUUGAGAUGGUGCAGACUUUGCUGCUUCUGAUCGCCAUCGCAUCCUGGUACAGACGCGAACCCGCAGUCACCGACGCACUGUCCAUCCGCAGUGUGCUGCACUCGCUUAUUCAAGACGAUGAGAUAACGCGAGCCCGGGAACAACCAACCGAGGACUGGCGGGAGUGGGUUCGGUUCGAGACUAUCAAAAGAACCCACCUCGUGGUCUUUUGCUUCUUCAAUAUCCAUACCAUUCUGUUCGACUUACCGCCCAUGAUACUGGCAAGCGGCCUCCGGCUCGAAUUGCCCUGCUCCGAGAAGGAAUGGAAGGCAAGCAACGAGCUGGAAUGGCGAGAAGCUCGUGCCGAAUCGAGGUCAACUCGACAAGACUUUCAAACCGAGUUUUCCUGCCUCUUUUCGGACCUAGGUGAACGUAAUGGCUCAGCCCAAGCCGUUGCGCGAGGCUUCUCUGCUCUCGGCGGCUGUGCUCUCAUACAUGCCGUCAUUCAGCAGAUCUGGCUUGCACGCAACGCUCGACUACCCAUUGUGCACCACGAUUCAAGCGGCCUCGCAGACGAAGAAAUGAAUGUCUUUGAACGGGCCCUGAAGCGAUGGGCCAGGUAUUGGGAGCGCGAUCAAGAAUCGUCCAUGGAUCCCUUGAGUCCUCACGGGCCCGUGACUUUUACAUCGACAGCACUCCUCCGGCUGGCGUACAUCCGGCUCAACAUGGAUUUGGGCCCUGUGAGGUCACUCAGCAGCUGGGACCCAUCCAUGGUUGCCAACUCACUGCACCAAAGCCCGAGAGUCCAACGAAGCGACAAAAUGACCCGGGCGGCACUCCAUUGCGCACACGCGUUAAGCAUUCCUGUGAAGCUUGGGAUCAACUACGUCGCCCAGACACAACUGAUCCUCUGGUCGAAUCAACACGCCCUCUGCUCGUUGGAGUGCGCAGUCUUGCUCGCAAAGUGGCUUGAAGCGGUGACGGUGCUCGAUCCGAACCCUGCACUGACGCCCGCGGAACAGAGGGUGCUCGAAUUCGUCGUCCAGCUGGUGGCUGAGACGGAAUACAAGAUGAGCUGCGAUCACAUUCUGGCGCAAAAGGCUCGGUUGAGUGGCAUGGUCGUCAGGCUGUGGGCGAAACUGUAUCAGUCGAGCAGCGUGUGGCAGAUGGUCAAUUUGAUUGGAGAGUCUCUGAGGAUAUAUGCUGAUCUCCUGGAGGCUGGGCACAAACUGGUGAUUUACAAAGACCUUGGUGUACCGCCCACUUUUGCAGCAGCUUUCAUGUCGAGGAAAGCACUCGAGGCGAAGGCGUUCCUGCUCCGAUGCAGAAGGGCAUACUGCACCACGAGACCGCUCUACCAAGAAUUCCGCCCGGCGACCGCGCCGCGACAAUUCCCUCCUCUCACCCAGAUCCGAGACAACGUCGAGCUCUACGAACAAAACUGCCGGGUGCGAAACUAUGGCAGCCACGAGGACAUCCCGCGCCGAGUGGCGGACAGCGUCAGAAAGAUGAGGGACCUGGACCAGCGCAUGGCCGGGUCCCGUCACACGUUGAAGGAGCUGCAGAGGCAACUGAACAACGCGGCGAAAGAGAGCAAGGGGGGUAUCGUGGCGCAGAUGAAAUCUGUCAGGCCGGAAGUCGACGCUCUCCAAGCUGAGCACGAUGCACUCGAGCUCGAGACGCGCAAUAUUGCACUGUCCCUGCCCAACUUGACGUAUUCGGACACACCCACCGGUGGUGAACCGCGGUUGCGGUCCUACAUCAACUAUGACCCGGACAAACCUCCGCAGUAUGGCCCGUCGGCCGACCACUCGAUCAUCGGCGAGAAGCUGGGUCUCGUUGAUUUCUCGUCGUCAUCCAUGACAUCUGGGUGGGGGUUUUACUUCUUGCUGAACGAGGCGGCUCUGUUGGAACACGCGCUGGUCCAGUACGCCCUGUCCGUUGCCAUGCGGCGCGGCUGGUCCGUUGUCUCUCCGCCGUCCCUGGUCUACUCCCACAUGGCCGCCGCCUGCGGAUUCCAGCCCCGGGACCAAAACGACGAACAACAGAUCUGGCAGAUAGCGCAGCCGGAAAAGGAUGCCGGAAAACCAACCCGCAGUCUCGCGGCAACGGCCGAGAUCCCCCUCGCAGGAAUGUAUGCCGGCAAGGCGAUUCCCGCGGCACGCCUACCUCUCAAGCUCGUGGGGUCCAGCCGCUGUUUCCGCGCCGAGGCGGGUGCUCGCGGGGUCGACACCAAGGGUCUGUACCGGGUGCACGAAUUCACAAAGGUCGAAAUGUUCGCGUGGACCGACUGCCCACCACCAAGCAGCAGCGGUGGAGGCUUGACGGACGAAUCGGCGUGGGUGGAGCAUUCCGGGCGCCUUUUGAACGAGAUGGUGGAGAUACAGACGGAGAUUCUGUCUUCGCUCGGCAUACCCUGCCGAGUCCUCGAGAUGCCCACGUCAGACCUGGGUGCGAGCGCGUACCGCAAGAUCGACAUCGAGGCCAUGUUUCCGUCGAGGAGGAAGAAAGACGAGGGCUGGGGCGAAGUCACUUCGGCGUCCAUCUGCACCGACUACCAGAGCCGCAGACUCGACACGAGGGUCCUGGAGGGAGACGGGUCGAGGAAGAAGUUUGCGCACACCGUCAACGGGACGGCCAUUGCAAUCCCGAGAGUCCUCGCCGCGCUCUUGGAGAACGGUUGGCGCGAAGACCAGGGCUGCGUGGUUAUCCCGCAAGUCCUGAGGAGGUACAUGGGCGGCCUGGAGAAGAUUGGCCCUCGUUGA